CAUAAUAAUUAAUACACGGUGAAGCUGAUUGGUUCCCUCCAUAUCAGCAGCCAAUGAGCUUGCUGCUCUACAUUUAAAUAUUGGUUAGUGUUUGUCGUAGCAGCGCACGCAUUUCAGAAAGUAUCCAGACUGAAGAUAAGUGAAUGAUAUUUUACUCCUUGCUUACUCACUGUGCAUAAUGUGUGGUCGGCCUAAUUUAUUUUAAAAUGAUUAACCAUGUAACAAUCAAAUAAGUUUUAUAUUAGCAGUCUCGCAUUGUAUGCUUGAGCUAACAUUAAGCUAUUGGCAGUAGCAUUUACACAUCUGCGUUUGUACAGCUCGAGCAACAUGCAGCUAGAGCUAUCGCUCCAUUACCGAAGUAACCUAUAGGAAAACAGGCUAAUUAAAUAAACUUCUCGGUCGUUUGUAUUUUUACUGGUGUACAGCCUGUCCUAGGAACCAAAGUUGUUGUCCACACGGACUGAUUUAAGUGUUACACAGGAAGACAAUUUGGUGAAUGCUCAUCUCUGCAUCUUGUCUAUGCUCCGUAUUAUGCUUCAUGUCUUCCUGUAACUAAAUCUGUGCAUAUUUUUGUUAUCUAGUACGCAUAGAUGUCCGCCGAUCUUUGUGGUUUCCCAUGGCUAGAGACAUAACAAGACAGCUGUUUGAACAAAAUAUUUGAUUAUCUGGAAGAGCCAGGUAUGUUGUCACACUAUUUCCUAAUACAGUAUUUUGUUUAUUAGUCACACAAAAUCUACUCUAAUUAUUUAAUUGUCGGUAGGAAUUGUUUUACUGCACUGUUCACCAGGUCAUGAAGAUGCAUCAGUGUGCUGUGAUUCUUCUGCUGGUCUUGUGUGCUUUAUUAUCCACAGAUGUAAGGCAACAUUAUGAGAAAUUUCUCAGGCAGCAUGUGUAUGGCAACAGAUCAGCAAAACGCAGUGGUGGACGAAGUACACAACUUCCUUACUUGAGUGAAAGUACAGAUACUACUGGUCAAUUGUCUUUCAAAUGUAGUGAAGUUAAAGUACAAGUACUCAGAAAAAAUAAUACUCAAGUAAAGUAUAGAUACUCAAAAAGUGUACUUAAGUACAGUACUCAGGUAAAUUUACUUCGUUACUGUCCACCACUGAGCAAAAGACACAUCACACAACCCAACACUGACAACGGCUGCAAAGAAGUUAACACCUUCAUACUUGCAAAUAAAGACACAGUUAGAGCAGUUUGUACUGGUGGUGGAACCAUAUAUAAUAAAAACAAGGACCUAUAUAUGAGCAACCAACCUUUUGCUGUGGUAACCUGUACAUUAAAGAGUGGGGCUAGACACCCAAAAUGUUUGUACAGAGGUAAUAAAUCUACUCGUAAAAUUGUUGUGGGGUGUGAACAGGGCUGGCCAACACAUUAUGAUGAAGGCAUAAUUGUAUAGAUUUCAGGCUGAAUACAGCAUCACAAUAAAUUAAACAUGACUUUAAAAUCUAAAUAAAAAUAUGAAUAAUAAAGUAUAUAAUAUAUAAAAAAAGAAAUGCAAUAUUUUGUUGUGACAGACCUCAAA